AUGCGCAACAAACUACGGUUUAACAAUGUUCGAGAAAGCAUUCCUCAUGUUAUCAACAGAGUCUGCAUGGAUAGAACUCUAUGGAAAGAGGCAGCAAAUCAACAAGAGAAUAAACAGCGCUUGAAUUCUGAAUGUGACUACAGCAUGAGAGCUUGCAAUCCUCACUCAAAUUGCUCUCUUAAAUGUUUUGUAGAUGCAUCUUGGACAUCCUCUCAGGACCGAGCGGGUGUGGCUUGGAAUUUAACCAAAGAAGAAAAGCAAAUCCUUCAAGGUUAUGCAUCACUAACAACUAUCAAUUCCUCACUAGAAGCAGAAGCGGAAGCUCUAAGGAUGGUUGUUAUGGAGAUGAGAGACUAG